GGAGAGCGGCGGCUCUGAGUCAGCUGACUAGGGUCCCCGUAGGAAGAAUCUGAAGUUCGGCCGGCCGGACUGACCCAGCUAAGGGGCUGGCAGGGCGGCCGACGGACGGACAGGUUGGGGCGGCCUCGGCGGCGUUAGCUGAGCAGAGGCAGGAUUUCCCUGGGGAGAAUCUUCACUCAGAGCUUGCUGACAGCCAAGGAUGGCAAGCAAAGGGCCCUCGGCCUCUGCAUCUCCUGAGAACUCUAGUGCAGGGGGGCCCAGCGGCAGCAGCAAUGGCGCUGGUGAGAGCGGAGGGCAGGACAGCACCUUCGAGUGCAACAUCUGCCUGGACACAGCCAAGGACGCCGUCAUCAGCCUGUGUGGCCACCUCUUCUGUUGGCCGUGUUUACAUCAGUGGUUGGAGACGAGACCUAACAGACAGGUGUGUCCAGUUUGCAAAGCUGGCAUCAGCCGUGACAAGGUGAUCCCCCUCUACGGCAGGGGCAGCACUGGGCAGCAGGACCCCAGAGAGAAGACUCCUCCCCGUCCUCAAGGACAGAGGCCAGAACCGGAGAACAGAGGGGGAUUUCAAGGGUUUGGAUUUGGAGAUGGUGGCUUCCAGAUGUCUUUUGGAAUUGGGGCAUUUCCGUUUGGCAUAUUUGCCACAGCAUUUAACAUAAACGAUGGGCGGCCUCCUCCAGCUGUCCCCGGAACGCCCCAGUACGUGGAUGAGCAGUUCCUGUCACGCCUGUUCCUGUUUGUGGCCCUGGUGAUCAUGUUCUGGCUAUUGAUUGCCUAAUGCUGGGCUCCCGGCCUACAGCCAUGCAGGCAGGGCCUCUGGACCGGUGACAUGCCACCCCCACUCUUGAUGUUUGGCUUCCUGGCUAAUCCUGACCUCUGGAAUCAGUGGGGUUGGUGACACAUCAAGGAGUUUUGCUUCUCCAUCAUAGCUUUGGGACUCAAGACCAGUUGUUGAGGACCCUGGAGUGUGGCCACUGCUGUAAACACCUCAGGCCUUGGCAUUGAGUCAUCUCUCAUGGGUUACACCGUGAAAUCCUGUUCCAGCCAGCUCAGCAGGUCCUGACUCUGCACAGGGAAGAGGCAGGAGAAGAGGAAUUGUCA